CCCUCUGCAGGUCGGAGGAGGACCCUGGUUCGUUUCCCAUCUUCUUUGGAUUCAGAGUUUUUUGGGCGUCUCCAGCAAUCCAACAGCAGCCACUGAGAUGAUUUUAUUUUUUACUGUUACUAUCUUUUGCAGCAUAACUGUUGGCAUCACCAAAGUCAUGGAGGUGAGUCAGCCAGCAUUCAUAAUCGCGAAAAGACAAGAGGCAGCCCACUUUAUCUGCGAUUACAACUAUGCUGGGGAUGCAAAGCAGUUUCAAAUAACUUUAUACAAGCAGAUAGGGAAUCGUUCGAUCCAGAUCUGCACCUCGUCCUUCACAACUGAGUACAAGCCGUCUAGGAUGCAGGAGGCCAUCCGCUGCCAUUUCCAUCCUAGCCACAACAGAGUCAAUCUCACUCUUUGGGGACUGGAGUCAACUGAUGCUGGCCUUUAUUUUUGCAAGAUGGAGCGGAUUUAUCCUCCCCCUUAUUACCCAGCCAUGGGAAAGGGAACCCAGCUUUAUGUUAUUGACCCGGAACCCUGUGUAGACCUCCAACCUUAUCUUUGGAUUGCAGUGGCGGGAGCUUCUGGAUUGCUUAUUUACAGCAUUUUAAUUACAGUCUUCAUUUUGAGAAAGGCAAUACUAAAAAGAGCCUAUUUUACCCCUGGCACCUAUGUGAAAAUUGUACCAACAUAACUAGAAACAACAAGGAAAGCCACGUAUCUUCCUGCACUGAAACAAAAAAGAAUACUAUACUAAAUGAAAGGAUGAAGAGUCUGAUAUGAAGGCGGGAGGAGGGAGGGAUUUCCUGACAAACGGGCAUCUAGCUUCCAAGCAACGCAUUAACGAACCAUUAGCUUUACUCCCAGAAGGCUAUUGUGUGCUUGAAUUUUUUGUGGUCUAGCCACAUAAUUCCACAACUUGUGCCCCAACACCAUCUUCCUUUGUAAAAAUUUCCACAAAGUAAUGGUUUUCCCAUUUCUGUAGCCCCAGAUGCACACAACGCCUCCACGUGCUGCAGCAGAAAUGAGAAAACUCUUCCCUCCCACGCUGUUCUUGCUUGGGGGAAAAUGCUUGGGAGAAAGGCAAGAGCUUUCCCUCCCCCAGAGGCAGCUUUCCAAGCCCAUUUGGGACCUCCUUUUUUUGUACAACCCAUGCCCCAGAGCUACUGUGUGUGCGCACAAGCCCGAGUUGGCUCAGUGUCGAGCUCAUGAAGGAAGUAACAUUUAGAGUGACCCUUAAGGCCAGUUAAUUUGAUUCUGGACUGUACCAUGUUGGGCUGCAAUUGUGCAUGGGGGUCCUUUUCAUGUUUGAAUGCAUCCCCUUUAAUAAAAGCCUCCCCCCCUGAAAUACAUGCCCUUUCCCAGGUAUUUGCUUGCUAUAAUCCAGGAAAAGCUUUACAGUUGGCUUAGUCACUAUGGAAUAUCUUACUCUGGGGAAGACCAUCUUUUUUCAGAGACUGUGGUUCAUUUUUUAAAAAAGAAGUGUAAGCUAAUGGGGUUAUACUGAAUAGUCAAUCAUGAAAAUGGGUGGCAGGGUAAAGAGGGGCAAUUCAGGGGGAAAACGUUUCAAUUACUUACACUUUAAUUGAGGGAGGUUUCAUCUAUGUGUUUGGCUUUAUGCUAGUUUUCAGAUUUGCAGCUACCAUAUCCUAAUGUAUCUGUUUUCAUUGACUAUCCCAACUGUUGAUCAUAUUGUAUUUUUGCUGUGAAUGUCUUCGCUACUGAUUAUAUUGUAUUCACUUGCAGUAUGUAAUCCACUUUGGAUCU